GGUGGCUAGCCGAUCUGGCAACCCCACCAUGAGUUUAUAGUCAGCUGUGUUAUUGACGUAACUUUUACUUUUCCUUUGGAUUGUGUUUUAAACUAAAUUGAUAUUGAAAUGGUUCGUCCAACGCUCGUCAGCCUGGCCAAGCGAGUGCCCCUAAUCCACUUCCGCAAAGGGGGAGCGGGAGCUCCGGGCGCGCAGACCGCAAAUCAGCAGGCAAGUUCCCAGCCACCAGGAGGCAAAAAGUUGGCCGGAGGACCUGCAAUCGAGGAUUACGAGCUGCCGGCACGAUUUGCCCGCAAACCAAUCGAUCCGGAGGAAGCGGCGUACAUCAACAAUGGAGGAAUACCAAAUUAAAGGAAUCCAUACUGUGUGCUGCUUCACCGAAUAUCACACAUGUUUAGCGUAAAUUAUUCAAGAAAGAAUUAAAUGGCCGACGCCAGAAUUUUAUUGUUUAAAUAAACAUCAUGUGUCCCCCGG